UCUCUAUCUCUGAAUCAUUCAGUUAUUUGAUGUUCGUAUGCUUGAUUAUAAUAAGAAUGUUGUUAAAAAUUAUGUUCUUUUGGGCUGAUAUGAAGCUAGGAAGUUGUAAUUUUGUAUAGUCGAGAUGUGUUAUUGUCCUGAAUAAAAUUGUAGUUUUUAUUUGUUUACAUGAAUUUAUGUGAGGUUAUGUUAUUUUUGUAAUUCUUUGGUUUAGUUUGUGUAAUGUACAGGUGGGAUUUUUGUAAGCAUUUCUGGAGUUUUUUAGAUCAAAUUUCAAGUGAUUGAUUUUUAAAAUUGAUUUAAUUUGAUUUGCAGCCAGGAGUGUAUGUUUUUGUGCGGUAGAGAUGAGUUUAAUCUCUCAAAAUGCUGUUGUUAAGAUUAAAGAGAAGAAGAAGGGUAAGCGGAUUGGUGAUGAGGGUGAGGAGCUAUCCUUGUUGGAAGGCAGGGAGGAGAUUUUGGAGGAAGAAGGUUCUGAUGUUGAAGCUGCUGUAAGUCAUAAGAAAAGAAAGAAGAAGAAUGAUGCGGAGGAAAAGAAGAUUCUUGCUGAGGAAGAAUUGGAAAUGCAGAAGUUGGGGAAUUUUUUGUUUGGUUCUCUUCAUUCCCCAGUUGAAUUUGGAAAGGAAGAUGAGGAUAAAGAUGAAGAUGAAAAAGGUGUGUUGGAUGUAGAUGACUCUGCAUUGUUUGUCUUGGACUGCUCUGGUAAUAAAGAUGUGUUGAUUAAUGAAGAAGAUGGGGGUUAUCAAGUGGGAUCUGCUGAUGAAGAUGGUGAUAAGCAAAGGAAGCCUGCUUGGAUGGAUGAUGAGGAGACUGUUGUUAAUAUCUCAAAGGUUAAUAGGUUGAGGAAGCUGAGGAAGGAAGAAGAUGAGACCGUUAUAUCUGGUUCUGCGUAUGUGUCAAGGUUGAGGGCUCACCAUGCAAAACUGAACCCUGGCACAGAUUGGGCCAAUCUUGAUUCGAAGGUCAGAACAUAUGAUUCUGACGAGGAUUCUGAGGUAGAAAAUGGAGCUGUGGUUGCUUCAGGGUAUAAAAGUGUUGAUGAUAUUCUUAAAACUAAUGAAGAGCUUGUGGUGAAGAGAGGGGGAAAGCUUUUGCCUGGAAUCCUUGAGUACUCGAGAUUAGUAGAUGCAAAUGCAGAAGACCCUUCUAAUGGCCCAAUAAACUCUGUCCAGUUUCACAGAAAUCAUCAGUUACUCCUUGCUGCUGGAUUAGACCGAAAGCUGAGGUUUUUUCAGAUUGAUGGCAAGAGGAAUAAAAUGAUGGAUUCCAUCUUCAUUGAAGAUUGUCCUAUUAGAAAUGCAUCAUUCUUACCUGACGGCUCUCAAGUUAUUGUUUCAGGGAGAAGAAAGUUUUUUUACAGCGUCGACAUAUCCAAGGGAAAUGUUGAUAAGAUUGGGCCACUGACUGGAAGAGAGGAAAAAAGCUUAGAAGUAUUUGAGGUUUCACCAGAUUCUCGUACUAUAGCCUUUUUGGGAAGUGAAGGUUACAUCUUAUUGGUAUCUGCUAAAACAAAGGAACUGAUUGGCUCCCUUAAAAUGAAUGGAACAGCUCGCUCAAUAGCAUUUACUGAUGACGGGCAGCAAUUGCUGAGUUCUGGUGGUGAUGGGCAUGUCUACCACUGGGAUUUAAGAACAAGAACUUGUCUCCAUAAGGGUGUGGACGAGGGCUCCAUAAAUGGCACUGCUCUUUGUACCGCACCAGUAGGGAAUCUAUUUGCAGCUGGCUCAUCGAGUGGAAUAGUUAAUGUGUACAACAGGGAGGAAUUUUUGGGUGGUAGGAGAAAACCAAUCAAAACGCUUGACCAUCUCAGAACUGAAGCAAGUUUCAUGAAAUUCAACCAUGAUGCCCAGAUAUUAGCCAUCUGUUCAACUAUGCAGAAGAGCAGCCUAAAGCUGGUUCACAUCCCUUCAUUUACUGUCUUUUCUAACUGGCCUCCUGCAAACAAAACACUACAUUAUCCAAGAUGUUUGGAUUUUAGUCCUGCUGGUGGUUUCAUGGCUGCGGGGAAUGCAGCAGGAAAGGUUUUGCUGUAUAAGUUGUAUCAUUAUCAACAAGCAUAA